CAGAUGAAACAUGUCCGUCUCCUGGUUCGUCUGGGUUCUGUCGGCAGCCGUCCUUGUCUCCGUGGUGCUGCUGGCGCUGGUGUGUCUGCACUGCAGGAACAGAGGGCCUCUGGUCUCCAUCAGGCAAGCGAAUGUUUCAGAGGAAUACAUGCCAUCCACUGAAUUCAGAGUCAUCCAUCCCUUUGCAGCCCAGCAGAAUUCUGAUGUGAACUCCAUCCACUUGCUGUCCCCUUUCCUCCCCUUAUCUGACCCUGGAACGCAGCGCAGACAGAGAUCCUACACCCCAACGGAAACUGAAAGUAAUCCAAGUUAUGAGAAUCCAACAGACGGUCCGGACUACAUCAACACUGAGAGCGAUGCAGAAGAUCCCGGAUACAUAAUCGUGUUGCCUGAAGGUGAAACCCCUGUGACCAAUCAGAGUCGAGCCUCCACGCCUAGUUCAGAUGUUCUACAUGACUAUGAAAAUGUCCCAACAAAGAAGGAGGAAAAAGACUAUCUGAACGUGGAGCUGCUGCAGUAUCAGAGAUCAACACCAGAUCUGUCAGUUCGGAGUGACAGCACCACGGAUGGAGACGAUAACGACAAUGUUGGUAAAGAAGAUGAUGAUGGAGACGAUGACGAAACUGAUAGUGACGAUGAUGAAGGAAACUACGUCAAUGUGCAUGAAGUGACACUGACUGAUUAAAUGACUAUAGUGAGCGCCAUCUACACUUUGUUCCUCCUCCUUGAAGUCAUGAUGGCUUUUUUAGGUUGGAUUUCAAACUGAGGAAAGAAACUGAAAAGGAGGAUAUUGCUAACGCACCAAACCAGAAGUUUGGCCAGCAGCAGAACGCUGCAUCUGAACUGCAUUAGUAGAAUUUUAAAAGCCAUAAUAAAUCCAAAAUCUUACAGACAGAAAGCUGAUUUCCACUUUUGGACAUAGAGUGUAUAUUGGUCACCUUUUGAUCAAAAACAAAACUAGACAAUUAAAGACGUUGCUUUGUGAGAAGAUAAUGGGAAUUGUCAUCAUGUUAUAGAAUACAUAUAUCAAUCUAGGGCACCAACUCAAAAGUUAGCUUGUUUUGCAACUUAUGAAAUGAUCUCAUCUCUGCUUACUACAGACAACGAUGUACAAGUAUGUCAUCGUAUAUCAAUUCUGACAUAAAACAAAGGGAGUCCACAGGGUUCAGGACUCGGACCACUUUUUUUCCUUAUGUAUACUCUGAAAAUAUGCAACUUGGAAAUGAUUAUACUUUUAAUUAUUGAUUAACCUGAUGAUAUCUUUUAGGUAACUCAAUGAAUGCUUUGCUCCAUAAAAUGUCUGAAAGUAAUGAAAAAAGUCCAUCUCAGUUUUUAAAACUAGGGCAGUCUUUAAAUGCCUUGUUUUGUCCGUUAAGAAUGUUUAGAUAUUCACUUUAAUGUGCUAUAAAAUAGAGAGAAUCAGCAUAUCCAUGUAUAUGAUGGUUAAAACGGCUUUUAAAAACAUUUUUGAAAUACAAACAUAUUUUGUAUACAUUUGAUAGCCUACAUAGAUGUUGUUAUUUUGAAGGAACCAGAGAAGUGUUAAUCAGGCUAUGAUAGACAGACUAUUAUUGGGUAUUUAAGGCAGAUUAAGGUUACACGUUUUGAACUGACGCUAUUACAAUGAUUUCAUAAGAACCUUGAA